UGUGGCAAAGCGCUUCCUGGUCUUUCCAAGCAAGAAGACUGCUGUGGAACCGUGGGUACUUCCUGGGGUUUUCACAAAUGCCAGAAAUGUCCCAAGAAGCCAUUGUACCAUGGAUACAGUCCUAUGAUGGAAUGCCCACAAGGCUACAAGAGAAUCAAUGCUACAUUUUGUCAAGAUAUCAAUGAGUGUCAGUUACAGGGAGUGUGCCCUAAUGGUGAGUGCUUGAAUACCAUGGGCAGCUACAGAUGCACCUGCAAAAUGGGAUUUGUGCCAGAUCCUACCCUUUCAAGAUGUGUAGCUGAUAAUCCUAUUGUUGCUGAAGAGAAAGGGCCCUGCUACCGGUUUGUUAGUGCAGGAAAGCAAUGCAUGCAUCCUCUCUCUGUUCAGCUCAGCAAGCAGCUUUGCUGUUGCAGUGUUGGCAAAGCCUGGGGCCCACACUGUGAGAAGUGUCCUCUUCCAGGAACAGCUGCUUUUAAGGAAAUCUGCCCUGGUGGAAUGGGUUAUACGGUUUCUGGCCCUCACAGAAACAAGCUAUAUCAUCACCCUGCAGUUAGAGUACAGCCACCUGUCAUUGGCAAGACCCCGAUUACUCAGCCUGUUGCUAAAGGUACUUCUCCUCCACCUCUCCCAGCAAAGGAAGAGCCAGUGGAGGCACUGACCUUCUCACAGAAAAGUGAGACUGAGAUGGCUGUGCAAGAAGUGGCAACUGCAGCUCCUGAUCAGGAAUUAGCUUCACUUGAUCAAGAAAAGCAGCCUAAUCUAGAGCCUGGGCAGCCUCAGCUUUCUCCUGGAAUUUCAACAAUUAACCUGCAUCCACAGUUUCCAGUAGUGAUUGAGAAAACAUCUCCUCCUCUGCCUGUUGAAGUUGCUCCUGAAGUCUCUACUUCGAGUGCAAGUCAAGUAAUUGCACCUACUCAAGUUACAGAAAUCAACGAAUGUACAGUUAAUCCUGAUAUCUGUGGAGCAGGGCACUGUGUUAAUUUGCCUGUGGGAUACACUUGCAUCUGUUACGAGGGGUACAAACUGAACGAUCAGCAGACAAAGUGCUCUGAUAUUAAUGAGUGUAAUCAGGCACCCCAUCUCUGUUCCCUUGGACGCUGUGAAAAUACAGAAGGAAGUUUCCUAUGUAUUUGCCAAGCUGGAUUCAUGGCCAGUGAAGAUGGAACUGACUGCGUUGAUUUUAAUGAAUGUUCAAGACCUCAUAUUUGUGGGGAAGGCUUUUGUAUAAAUACUGUUGGCUCAUACAGAUGCGAAUAUUGUGACAGUGGGUACCAAAUGAACAGGAGAGGUGAAUGUGAAGACAUUGAUGAAUGCCUGAUGCCAGCUACUUGUCCAGAUGCACAGUGCAUUAAUGCUCCUGGCUCUUACCAGUGCAUUCCUUGCAGAGUGGGAUUCAGAGGCUGGAGUGGACAGUGCCAUGAUAUAGAUGAAUGUCAGUAUGGCAAUCUCUGUACAAAUGGACGAUGUGAAAAUAUGGAGGGGUCUUUCAGGUGUAUUUGUGGCCAAGGUUUCAAACUCUCUGCAUCAGAGAAUCAGUGUGAAGAUAUAGAUGAAUGCCGGCACCGAUCACUCUGUACAAAUGGACGCUGCAGGAACACAGAAGGAUCUUUCAGAUGUAUUUGUAGCCAAGGCUACGCAUUAUCAUCUACAGGAGAUCAGUGUGAAGAUGUUGAUGAAUGCCUUCAAGACAGUGAUAUUUGCCUUAGAGGAAAAUGCAUCAAUACUGAUGGGUCUUACAAAUGCACUUGUCCAGAAGGUUUCCAGCAGAUAGCAAAUAGGGGAUGUCAAGAUAUCAAUGAAUGUGAACGAUCUGACCUCUGUUCUCCUCAUGGGGAGUGUUUAAACACGGAUGGUUCCUACCAGUGCAUAUGUGAGCGGGGCUUUUCUGUGUCUGCUAACGGCCGAACAUGUGAAGAUGUGGAUGAAUGUGCAAAUGGCACAAUAUGUGGCAGUCACGGGUUCUGUGAAAAUAUGGACGGCUCCUACCGCUGCCUCUGUUACCAAGGCUAUCAGGACACACAGGAUGGGCAAGGGUGCACUGAUGUGAAUGAAUGUGAAAUGCUGAGUGGAGUAUGUGGUGAAGCUCUCUGUGAAAAUGUUGAUGGCUCUUUCCUGUGCCUGUGCUCUGAUGAAAACCAGGAGUAUGAUCCAAUGACCGGACAGUGUCGCUUCCGUACCUCACCAGAAUUACCAGUAGAGGCUGAUCAACAUGAAGAUGGAAAGAAGGAGUGUUACUACAACCUGAACGAUGCUAAUUUCUGUGAUAACGUGCUUACGUCCAAUGUAACCAAACAAGAAUGCUGCUGUACCUUGGGUGCUGGCUGGGGUGAUAACUGUGAAAUCUUCCCAUGCCCUGUUGUUGGGACUGCUGAAUUUGCUGAUUUGUGUCCUGAAGGAAAAGGUUUCAUUCCCUCUGGAGAAUCGUCCUAUGGGCUUCUUGCUCAUAAUUACAAAGAUGCUGAUGAAUGUCAGCUCUUUGGACAAGAAAUCUGUAAAAAUGGCUUCUGUUUGAAUACACAGCCAGGUUACGAGUGCUACUGCAAACAAGGCACAUACUAUGACCCUGUUAAGCUCCAGUGCUUUGACACGGAUGAAUGUCAGGACCCAAACAGCUGUAUUGAUGGCCAGUGCAUUAACACAGAAGGAUCUUACAACUGUUUCUGUACACACCCAAUGGUUCUGGACGCAACAGAAAAGCGAUGCAUCAGACCAGCAGAUUCGAGUGAACAACCUGAAGAAACUGAGGUCUACCAGGAUCUUUGCUGGCAGCAUCUAAGUGAUGAUUUUGUUUGUAGUCGGCCCCUGGUUGGAAAGCAGACUACGUACACCGAGUGCUGCUGCCUGUACGGCGAAGCCUGGGGCAUGCAGUGUGCACUGUGUCCCAUGAAAGAGUCAGAGGAUUAUGCCCAGCUGUGCAACAUUCCUGUUCCAGGAUCUCGACGGCCAUAUGGACAAGAUGCUUUGGUUGACUUCGAGGAGCACUACACUCCAGAAACUAAUCCAUAUUUCAUUGAAGACCGUUUUCUGAACAGCUUUGAGGAGUUACAAGCAGAGGAGUGUGGUAUUCUGAAUGGAUGUGAAAAUGGCCGAUGCGUAAGAGUCCAGGAAGGCUACACCUGUGACUGCUUUGAUGGUUAUCACCUGGACAUGGCCAAAAUGACUUGUGUUGAUGUGAAUGAGUGCAACGAGCUGAACAACAGGAUGUCUCUCUGCAAGAACGCCAAGUGCAUUAACACAGAGGGAUCGUACAAGUGUUUGUGUCUCCCAGGGUACGUCCCUUCAGACAAGCCAAACUACUGCACACCACUGAACUCAGAGCUAGACAGUGAACUGGAGUAGAGGAAAAUCUCCAUCUCCUAAGCCCAUACACUCUGCACUGUAUAAAGAAGAGGAAGAAAAGUAUUUAACUUGAGAAGAGAAGGCACCGGAGUAGCGAACGUAAGGGGAGAAGAGAAAAGCAUUAAAAUGUGUCAAAGGUGAGACACAAUGGGCUGAUUGUAUAUCAGCUUCACUGAAGUGACAGACCAAAUGGACACAUUACUCUGUAUGAAAGAAUCAAUCAAGUAUAUAGUGUGUUCAUAAGAAAAAAAAUUCUUAGAAAAUAAGCAAAAACAGUGCUGUUAUUUUAAACAGAAGAGCUUUGGUUUUUUGGUUUGGUUUUGUUUUUUUUUUUUUUACUAUUGCUUGAUUAAUUUGGCAUUUAAAUAGUGAUGGAAAUAUUUUAUAUUACUAUGUCAUUUUUUGAUUGUUCGGUUCCUUGCCGACUGUUUCUUUUCAGACCUUUUUUCUGAUCAGUACAAAUUCUAUGAUACAGGUAUUCUAGGCCAUUUUGUAAGAACUGUUACACAGGGUAAUGCUCCUCCUUCUCUGGAACAUUGGUCAGUGACUUUUUUUUUUAAUUUGCUAGUUGUCUGCCCUGUGGAGCAGGCACCAUUUGUUUUCAAAUGUUUAUAUACCUUGGAGAAAAGUCCUUAUAUUCAUUUUGUAUUCUGUAUGGUUGUUACUGCACUUAAAAGUCUUUAGAAUCUUUCUUGCCAAGUUCAAAGCUGCUAGUGGACAACAUUGGAUUCCUUUUGUACAUUAAAACAAAAGAUUUUAGCUCACGUCUGUAUUGUAAUGUGUAAAUUGAAUACAAGAGAGAUCUUGUAUGAUUACCCUAACAUAUUAAAGCUGUAUGUUAAAACUCAAUAAAAUCACCUUUUUUUUAGAAAAAAAAGCU